CGAUCACCAUUAAUUCAUCUCCAUCGACAAAGCUAGCUAAGCCCAGUCAUGGCCGCCUCUCCCGCAAUGCCGUCACUCCUCCUCCUCCUCCUCCUAGCCGUUCUCGUCUCGGCGGCCGAUGCCUACGACUCCGCCGCCAGCGCCAACACCAACGCCGGCGCCAUCCCCGACCCCAACAUCUUGAACAUGGAGGCCAUGUGCCCCAAGACGACGGACGUGAAGGCGUGCCAGCAACUGGUGAAGAACAUGCCGUCCAACAUCGUCGCGGGGAAGAAGGACGCCAGGAGCAUCGCCCGGGGGUGCAUCGCCACCGCCUGGUUCGUGGCGAGGGACGGCGCCAAGGACUGCACCGCCGCCGUGGACGAGUGCAAGGACAAGGUCGACCAGUGCCUCGACAGCUGCCGCCACGCCUUCGCCGCCGUGAACGACGCCCUGGAGCCCCAGGGCACCGGCGACGACGCCGUCAAGGUCCCCGAGGACGAGAAGCUCCUCGCCAUCCACGCCAGCCUCACGCAGCUGCUCCGCGGCCCCACCGGCACGCGCCGCCCGCCCCUCUGCAACACCUGCUGCCAGGACGGCUCGUGCACGGAGGAGAAGAAGCGCAACGUCGUCGCGCUGUUCGUGCAAUUGUGGAGCUUGCUGGAUUUCGCCGACGCGGUGCUCGAGGACCUGUAUCCUCUGACGAAGCUGCCAGGGGACAAGGCCGCGGGAUCAGAUACCUCUGCGGCGGCGGCCGGAUCAACCGCCGACAAGGAGACCUCUGCGGCGGCUGGAUCAACCGCCGACACGGCGACCUCUGCGGCGGCCGGAUCAACCUCCGCAAAGGAGACAUCUCCAGUAGCCGGAUCAACCGCCGAUAAGACCUAUGCAGCGGCCGGAUCAGCUCCUCCUGUCGUCGACACUGCGCCUGCUCCUCCCGUGACAACUUAUGAUUAAUUACAAACAUUCGGUAUUUCAUAUUUUGGAGGAUGCUAUAGGAACUUUAAAUAACUCUUCCAAAAUUUUUAGGACACCAACGAAAAUCCUUACAAAAUUUUGACUAAUCAACGUUUCUAAGGAGUUUAACAAAUUUCUAUACGUGUAACUUUUUCUUACAUAUCUGAGUAGGUGCAUUGCUGAGGGCAGGGUGCGCCUUCCGUGGUUGUCAUUCGAAAUUGUCUUUGUAACCUCGUCAAUUUAAUGAAGUUUAGAAUCAAAAUGAUGAGCCUUUUAUCUCA